AUGUCGUCGCCGUCGGUGCCCAGCCUCCGCCUCCCUCUCCGCCCGGCGUACCCGCCCCUCUCCCGCCGCGCUCUCGCCGGAGGCUCCCCCAACGCGGCCGUGCCCCGCGCCCUCCUCCUCCUGAAACCCCUCGGGUCCAAGGCGCCCGCGUCGUACCACCAGCCCGCGAUCCUCCACCACCAGCGGCGCCGGCAUGGCCCGCCCCCAGCCGCCGCGACCACCACCUCCAAGCCUGUUCUCAAGGACCCGAAGAAGUACCAGGAGUGGGACUCCGUGACGGCCAAGUUCGCCGGCGCGGCCAACAUCCCCUUCCUCCUGCUCCAGCUCCCGCAGAUCGUCCUCAACGCCCGCAACCUCCUCGCCGGCAAGAAGACCGCGCUCUUCGCCGUGCCGUGGCUCGGAAUGCUCACUGGGCUGCUGGGCAACCUCUCGCUCCUCUCCUAUUUCGCCAAGAAGAGGGAGACGGAAGCGGUAAUCGUGCAAACUCUUGGCGUCAUCUCCACCUAUGCGGUCCUUGUGCAGCUCGCCAUGGCGGAGUCCAUGCCGGUGCCGCAGUUCGUGGCCACUUCAGUCGUUGUGGCCGCAGGGCUCAUCCUGAACUUCCUCAAUUACGUUGGCUGGCUCCCUGGAACCCUCUGGCUGCUGUGGGAGGAUUUCAUCACAGUAGGCGGCCUUGCCGUGCUCCCUCAGGUCAUGUGGUCAACAUUUGUUCCCUUCACCCCCAAUAGCGUACUGCCUGGCAUAAUCUGUGGUUCUUUGGCUGUUGCAGCUGUUGCGAUGGCAAGGAUGGGCAAGCUUUCUGAUGCAGGGGUUAAAUUUGUUGGGUCAUUAUCUGGUUGGACAGCCACGCUUCUCUUCAUGUGGAUGCCAGUGGCACAGAUGUGGACAAAUUACCUUAACCCAAGCAACAUCAAAGGGUUGUCAGCUUUCAGCAUGUUGCUUGCAAUGCUUGGAAAUGGACUUAUGCUUCCUCGUGCUGUAUUCAUCCGCGAUUUGAUGUGGUUCACUGGUUCUGCUUGGGCAUGCGUCCUACAGGGUUGGGGUAACCUGACAUGCAUGUACUGCUUUAAUAGCAUCAGCCAAGAAUUUUACUUUGCAACAUCAGCUGGUCUGCUUCUAUGGCUAGGAUUUACUCUAUGGAGAGAUACCAUUGCCUAUGGCAACAGCUCGCCCUUGACUUCUUUGAAGGAGCUAUUUUUUGGGAAGUGA